AUGCCUUUCAUCGCCGUCGUCAUUCCCAACAUCCGCCAGGAGGAGAAGGAUAACUUCCUCGCCUCAUGGCCUACCGCAGUCGCGGCAAUGAAGGCCAAUCCCCUAGUGCAAGGCGUAUCAGGAGGCCUUAUCGUCGGCGAAAACGGAGCCCCCGUAACCGACUUCAAGUUCAUGGAAAUCAUCGCAUUCCAAACUCUGGAGGACUCAAAAGCCUUCUCGGACUCGGACUACAUCAAGGAAGCCAUGAAGAAGUACGAGGCGUUCGUCGCCGGGCCAGCCCAGAGCGACCUGUUCGAAGUUCCCGAGCCGCCCCAGACUGCGCCUAGCCCGCUCACGGUCGUGACCUACACGACGAUCGAUGACGAGAGCAAGGAGCCUGAAGUCCUCAAGGCCUGGGAGGCUGCCUCGGCUCUUAUCGGCAAGAAGGCCUUCGGGGGCAAGACUGCUGUUCCAGACGGGCCCAGGAUGGGAAUAGCGAUGGUUGGCUGGGAGAGCAAGGAGGAAAUGGAGGCUGCUGUGGCCGAUCCGGAAACAAAGGCGGCUUGGGACUACUAUAACAGUCUUGGUAAGAUCAGGAACCUGGUCGUUAAGUUGGAGAACUACUAG